CUUGGGGCAGAUGCGCUUGCUUGAGGUGGCUCUACUUCGAUUUUUAGCUCAUUACUGUUAUCGGAACCCCGCCUGUCCUGGGCGUGCUAAGCUUCAAACGACGACCGGAUCAUAAAUGCUCAAUGCGCGCAGCUACUCCCUUCAAUUGUUCAUGAUUUGUUCAUGAUUUGCACUUGACCGGCCCUUUUUCGUGAGGGAGAGUUCGAUAUGAGAUCAAAACGUUUGAAUAUCCACAAUCGUCUCUCCCAUGUUUAUAAUCCCUUCUUGAACGCCACAUUUGUCCAGGGUGUGGAUAGCAGGCAACAAGCAACACAAAGAGGACGGAAGCUUUGAUAAGAGGGCCAGAGGACGAAAUCAUAGCCGAUAUGAGCGAGCCAAGGCCGCCGGGUUCGGCCCAUGAGAGUCCAACAUUUGGCGAGGACAGUUCAUUCCAUGUGGAGCAACCUGUUGGUUCUAUGUCCAUAUCGCCAUGUGGACGCGAUGUGGUGCUAGCGUCAAAGGAGGGCUUGCACGUCAUUGAUCUGGACUCUCCUUACUCACCACCCCGAUACCUACCUCAUCACACACCGUGGGAGGUUGCGGAUGUUCAAUGGUCGCCUUUCGCUGCUCGAGAUUACUGGGUCGCCAGUACGUCGAAUCAGAAAGCAUUAGUCUGGAACCUGGGCAUGAAGACGUCGGAAAGCUCAAUAGAGCAUGUACUGCAUGCCCACACCCGAGCCAUCACAGACAUCAACUUCUCAGCGCAUCAUCCAGAUAUGUUGGCUACCUGCGCCGUCGAUAGUUUUGUCCACUGCUGGGAUUUGCGCAUUACUUCUAGGCCCGCCAUCUCAUUCUCCGACUGGCUUGCCGGCGCGACACAGGUGAAAUGGAACCGCCAGGAUCCGAACGUGAUUGCUAGUUCGCAUGACAAGUUUCUACGGAUUUGGGACAAAAGAAAGGGCGCAUAUCCCAUCACAUCCAUCCAAGCACACGACACGAAGAUCUACGGCGUUGACUGGAAUCGAGUACGACCUGGGGCCCUCACGACUUGCUCCCUCGACCGAACGAUAAAGUUUUGGGAUUAUACUGUCAAUACUGAAGUUCCCGAGAAGAUAAUUCGGGCGCCGUUCCCCGUGUGGCGCGCACGAAAUACCCCGUUCGGCUGGGGUGUCUUGGCCAUGCCGCAAAGAGGCAACAGCGAUCUUCACUUGUACAGUCGUAGACUCGGAGAGGGUGCCAACCCCGGCGAGGAUCUUCCCCUGGUCCACAGCUUCCCAGGGCAUAAAGGUCAAGUGAAGGAGUUCCUGUGGAGGGCUCGUGGGGGUACAGCUGAUGGGAUUGAUCAUAGAGAGUUCCAGCUCGUCUCGUGGGGCACCGACCGAGAACUCCGAUUACACAGGGUUGACCCGGACAUCUUACAGCGAGUCGGUUAUGAAAAAGGAAAGUCGUUCAUAUCCAACUAUAAUCUUACUCGUAAAGAUACAGGGUCCCUCUCGCCCAAGACCCAACAAAGCGCCACGCCUCAGGCCUCUCGCAACAAGGGGCUGAACACGAUCUCCAUCCCAUAUGCGCGCGGCUGGACCCAAAGUGGAGGCAACCCAGACUCCAGAAUUGGCAUGCAGGGGCGGACUAAUGUUCGAGCUGACACUAACCCUAUCGCAUGGAUGCGUGGCGUGAAGAUCUCCGGCUGGGACAUUGAGACAUUGGGCGAUGAGAUUACCCAUGUGGGAGAGAAAUUCACCAAGGUAGCGUUCGAAUCCGUUGAUGUCAGGCAAAGGAAGGCUAUGAUCUCUCUUCACGGACCUUGGGGUGCCGAUGGUGAUUCUCUAUUCCUGAAAGUUGAUAUCAAAUUUCCGAGUGAUUAUCCUCGGACCUCCGUUCCUACUUUCAGCGUGCAAAAGACCGCCGCCGUGACUGAUGAUCUUGCCGACAAGCUCGUAGCAGAAACGCGAAAGAUAGCAGAAACGUAUCUCUCUCACAAACGAGGCUGUCUCGAGGGAGUUCUUCGAUAUCUGCUUGGGGAAAGCACGCUCGAGGAGAGUAUGGCAUGGUUGUCUGGUGAAACAGCUGAGACAGUCAAAUCCCCCAUCAAUAGCCAGCUUGAGGGCGAGGAGUCAAGUGACGAGGAUGAAGUCGGUCUGUCCCAAAGUCAAGACUUGGGCAUGAGCUCGGAACUACUUCGUCCAGUUAAUGCCAAUGUCAUGGUCCCUGUGGCUAAGGCAUGUGGUGCAUUGUGGGCAAAUGACGGUCGCUUGGUGUGCUUUUUCCCCUCCAAGAAUGAGAAAUCGGCAGAUUGGAUCGAAAAUCUGGGCUUGAGAGAAAUGUCCAGGCUUUCGAGAACCGAUAAGGUUUUUGAAGGCUUCGGCCGGUUGCAAACGAGUUCACCCGGUCCGCGACCUUCCGGUACGAUUGCAAGCACUGAUGAUGGUGCAUCGGAGUACUCUGAUGACUCGGAUGCCGAGAGUUCAAGCUCUUCUGGGUCUUCAGGGAUUCUAUCCGGGCUGCAGCAUCGAUUCCCAACUCCCCAAACAUGGAGGAGUGGGGGCAGUUUGGGGAUAUAUAGACCACGCUCUACGGACAAUUCCCAGCGCUCCACCGCUGGCGCGACGGCUACAAAAGCAUCUGAUCCGCCUCAGAAUGUGGUAUCAAUCCACGAUUUCAGCGAUUUGCUACCCGCAAAGCGCGAACUGGCCGUCGGAUAUCGCAUCUGUGGUAAAGUAACGGAUGUAUGCGCCCAUAAUUCUGCUGUUGCUCUCGAUCACGGGUAUCACGAACUGGCCCGCAUUUGGGGACUCCUGAGGCUUAUACUUCACAAUCGAAAAACGUCAAUGCUUGCCUCUAACCUAGAUCUCUUGGGGAGGUCAUCGCGCAUUCAGCGCAAAGAUAGUGCCAUCGAUCUCACUUUCGAUGCGAAAGGCCAUGAUAGAGGUUCGAAGGCGCCCCAUGGCCCCUCAAUACGAUGGGGAGAUCACCCUUUCGGCAGUCAUUGGCUCAUUCCAUCUAUAUUGGAACACUUUGAACGAAUCGGUGAUAUACAGAUGAUAGCGAUGCUGUCCUGUGUCCUUCACGAGCCCAGCAACGAGGAGAUAUCAGUGAAGGAGAAAGUGCAACACAGUAGGAGUGUUUCCAAGCGCAUGGAGGAGCAUUCUUUCUCGUUCGACUUCUACCCUCCGCAUACGGUGAUUCACAACAGGUCGCAUACCGCGACUCCCCUUGCCACCACACCAAAGGAUAGCCAUACGACUCCCAAAACACAUGGCUCUGGACGAUCAUCCUCUGAGAUCUGGCGUGUAGACUCCACCCCACCUCAUUCUACAGGUACAACCCCGCCUUCAAACUCUAGGGUUGCGGCUCUACCAGCGGAUAGAAAAGCAUGGAGUCAGAAUGUAUCAAUAGCAGCCUCUCCGGACCAGCAGUCUCAGCCCCGCAGUGCAUCGGGGCUUGGCUCUGUUCUUGCUUCAUCGCUCUCCCGCUCUUUCACAUUUGGGCCCUCUUCGGCGUCCCCUCCGCCGACUGCGUUAUCGAAAAAGAAACAAAGCCCGAAUGGUAGCCUACAUACGACCGGAGGCUCUGGAAUGUGGGUUACAAGUGCCCUUGCGGCAAAGCCUGCUUCUGCGAUUCCAGACUAUUUGACUACCUCUACCGCACUAACUUCACAAACCCAUUCUGAUACAGAAAGUGAAAGAGCGUUGCCUACGAAACCCCGGCCUAAGCUGCAAACGACAUUCAAGAAUCAGAAUGCCUUCGAUAGCGGUAGCUCACAUAACACGUUUCUCGAUCCAAAGAAGGAAUGCCUAUACCGGUCAUAUCGAGCAGCAUACGCUCAUCUGCUCUCCAUUUGGGCACUUCCAGUACAGCGCAGCGAGGUCCUCAAGAUUGGCGGAGUAGCUCAUCCUCUAAGGGAUCUGCAUGUACCUCACCAGCGUCCUAACGGUCACCACGAUUCAUUUUCUUUUCCAAUUUCAAAGCAUCGGGAAGCGACUGCGGUACCCAUCGAUGUGGACCGAGGUCUGGACAUUCAGCUCCAUUGUAACAAGUGUGGACAAGCACUUCAGCAUUCUAUUUUCGCGACGAAGGCUGCCGUUGAAGCAGUGGCUUCUAGGAGUCACAUGAAAGGAGCAUCGAGCUCCACCGUGACGUGUCCGAAUUGUACACCAAAGCAUUCACUUGCUCUCAAGCUACCCUGUGUGAUAUGUAGUGAAGUCGUCGAGGGAAUGCUUAUUCCAUGUCUUGGCUGCGGUCAUGUCAGCUGCUUUGAUUGCCACCGAGGCUGGUUCUCAAUGGCAUCCGCAGACGCUCAUCAUGAGCAAGACGCCGGUGCGCGCGAGGAAUACAGAUACUGUCCAAGCGGCUGCGGUUGUAAAUGUUCGGACUUUAUCGAUCCGGAUUCCACUGCGCCGUGGGACGUAACCACGGACAUACCAACUCCCCAAGAGCGGGAAGGCCCCCACACUCGACAUCGAAGUAAGAAAUCUGAUGGAUCGGUCUCCAUAAAGCAUGCUGUUGAACCUGCGCCUGCGACCAGUUAUGCCCCAAAUGGGGACGACACCGAUCAAUCGCCGAGUGUGUCGCCUUUUGCGUCUCUUGCAAAAGGCCUGGGUGGGGGCCUGAGUAGAGGGCUGCGACUACGGGACGAUAGACGCAGGUCGAAGCUGUCGGCGACUUCGUUUGUUCCCAAGAAGUCUUCGAUGAAUCAGGUUGAGAAUCGGUGAUGGUUGUCACUGUUUGUUUCUUCUUAGCUAGCGACAAGUU